GGCGACGCUCGCCGCGGCGAUUGGCUCGUCGCGCAGUCAGAUUCUGAAGUGCGUGGCGCGAGGAUGCGAGCAUUGUGACGUCGGACGCGCGCAUUUGUUCGUCGAAAUUCGCGUAAGCUCGCUCCUUCCUUCCUUCCUUCCUUCCUGGCUUCCCCCCUCCUUCGUGCCGCGACGGUCCUCGUGUUUCAUGACGUCGAGUCGUACAUCGAGCCGCGUCGCAACGUGAGUGUCAACGUGACGAGGACAACCAUCGCCUAACGCUUUUUCGGUGUCCCUCGCUCGGAGUGUUCACGUGCGUUUUCACCGGAACGCCGUGGUCCAAUCGGCCGGCCGAGAACGACGCUCCAGGAGAGAGAGAGAGAGAGAGGAUGAGGCUUCCGCGGAUGCUACUCGUCGUCGCCUACCUGCUGCGCUGUCACGUCGCCCGCUCGAUAGCCGCACCAGCGAGAGCGACGAGUCAGGUUCUCCUAGGCGAAGUCGAUAUUACACUUCGAGACGACAGCGACGGCGACGUCACGACGGAGGAGCCGUUUCCCAAAAAGUGCAUCGUAGAUGGGAACGCCUAUUCUCACAGCCAAACGAUACCAUCUUACGAUACGAAUUCGCAUUGCCUGUGCGUCGCCGGCGAAGUUUAUUGUUGGUGGCAGAAUUAUAAUCCGAGCACCGCCCCGUCGCUCGGCUCGUCUUCCCUGCAAUCGACCACGGUGGAGAGCAAUUACACACCGUCGCUGGAAGCCAGCACGGACAUUGCGGACGGCUUCGAAGCAUCCGGGGAUCCUGUAGCGGACUCACCGGCCGGCCAGCAAGGCCACGUGGAAAUUAACGCGACUUCGACGACCGCGACACCUUCCGCACCGACCACUUGCCUUGUGAUGGGGAAGGAGUAUCGACAGGGUGAGACUCUGCCGCAUUCGACCGGGAACUGCGUGGAGUGCAGCUGCGGUUCCGAAGGGCGCGUCGAAUGCUCGCCGAGGGACUGCGUCGCGCUGCGGCCCGAGAUAUUGCUCGCACCGGACAUACCGGAGGCUCCGGACGGCGACUUCGAAGUUUUCAACCUGGCGCGGGAUCGGGGCAUCGACGAGAGUUUCUAGAGUAUCGGAUAACGAUGAGCAUCGCGCGUGCAACUCGCUUCGCCUUUCGACCACCGUUGUCGCGAUAUCGUUAACGUCGGCGUAAGCCGGCCAAUAAGAGACGGUCGUUUAAUUAGAUGGGCUCUCGAAGACGGUUUAAAGGACGGUAGAUAAAAUUGAUUCUCGGCACAAGAAGGAGGACGCGCGUCUACGCUGCGAAGAGCGCCGGAUGCUCGGUGAGCCGGGCGGGCGAAGGAAAAGAGAAGAGAGUAGAUCAGGAGUUACAGGACGGUGUUUAUAGUCAGAUCUUAUAUUUAAGGUCGUCUCAAGUUCGUCUUCAUUGGCUACGAGCUGAAGAUGGGAACCUGAGAUGGUUUUAAAUAUAACGUCCGACGAGAGCGUCGGGUCGUACGUUUGCCUGAAGAAGUGAGAUAUUCACGAAACGUCUCGGGAACGAAUCCACGAAGGACUGUGAAUACCGGCCAUAAUCCGGUGAUUAUUAUUGGCGAACGAUUUGAUACGUCCUGUUGAGAGCCAUCUAAUUCACAAAGUCUCUCUCUAUACAACUUAUACAUACAACGUUUACCUUGUGUAAUCCCUCAUAUUUGAAUUACCAAGUGAUUUAAGUAUGAUGUCGUAUACUUGUGGAAUUUACGCUCGGCGUUUUCUGUUGUUAGGCGAAGGUUACGCUCCUUUUUUCCUCUUUUUUUAACGCAGGGAAGAAUCGCCCUCUCCCUUCUUCUUCCUUCCUCCCUUUCUCCCUCGGUCGUGGACGUGCCUUCAGUCUCUCGUCUCUCACGUCGUGGACGUACUCAAUCAAAACGGCGUCGAAGGCAUAGUCCCGGCGUAGAACGCCUAGCGUACAUCUUUUUCUAUGAAAUCCUUACGUGACACGAUCGUUCUGGUGAACGAUGGUGCGACCAGCGUCUCCUUGAGACGACCGUCCCGUUCGAACGAGUGAGAACGAGAAGCCGGUUCGGCCGGAUGUUUUUUUUUUCUUUCUUUCUUUUUACGCAGACGGCCUCGUUGGUAGUUUUCUCGAGUACGUUAGUCGGUUGUUAUUUAUUUCCUCCGCCUAGAGAGCGUCGAUGAUUUAACAAUAUUCGCUCGCCUGUAUUCGCGAUUUUUAGAGGAACGGACUCCGACGUCCUUCUGUGUAAAUACCGCGCGAGAUUGCUCCCCGAUAUAUAACUCCCACCUUGUUCGGUUGUUUCGAUCCCGUAGAUACGUCUCGUAGUUUUCUAGCGAUUUACCGGAGGCGUAGACGUGUAUCGUGCAGCUGCCGGAGGAAUAUAUUCAUCCGCGCAGACUCGACGAGAAAAAUGUUUUUGUAGACGUCGGCCUAUGAUCUACGAAUUAAUUGAUCGCGCGCAAAGUACGUAAAUCGGCCUCACUUGCGACUGGCCGAUACUUGCGGCGAGAAACGAUAUUACUGAGCUUAGUCGUUAUUAUAUUAGCCGUUAUCGCGGGACGACAAUUGGUCCCGUGAGACUCGAUAAUACUCUUCGUCAUAUCUCUGUCAUAUCCUAGUCGAUCCAUACUCGUGUCCUAGUCACGAUCGUAUAAUUCAACUCGUCUCGCGCGUUCAAUCCUCUUCGGACCGCAUUUAUUUUCCUCUUCCCGUCGAGUAAAAUUCUCCGCGGCACUGUGCAGUUUGUUUAUUACAUAGUGGUCAUUGAACUUUGAACAAAAAAAGAUAUUAGAGCGCUAUAUUAUUAUUAUUUUUUUUUUGCAAAAUCAAGGAACUACGCCUAUGUGCGCUUCAUAGAUCCGCGUGAGUUUACAACAAAGACGCAACCAUAAAAGCGCUGCGCUAAGAAAGCUUAAAAGCUAAAAGUUCGCGAUUUCAAGUGGAAAUAAAAGAAAUGAUAAACAAGGCUCAGUGAUCUCCAAUUAAGGAAGGAUCACGAAAGGCCUUUCAUCAUUCUUCCCUCAAGUGGAAGCCCCCAGGUCCGAAAAGGGUUAAAUACGCAAGCUGUGCGAUUAUAUAUAGCCACGUUAUAUACCCUUAUACACUUAUGUACGAUCGAAUAACGCCAACGAGUAUCGAGAAACCCCUUAGUGACAGUAGAUGACCCGAUACGCAAGAGGGAUUGCGAUAGCGAUAGAAAUACUCGCGCCGGAUUUACAACUAUGUGACUUCCCCUCAUAUACGAAUAGGUAUUUAACGACGAGGAUGUGUUACACACCGAUCAUACUGUGACCCGUAUUUUCGUCGCGGCUUAAGCUCCGAGCGUGAACAGUGCCCCGUCGAAAUCCCCUGUUUUAUGCGAACCUCGUGUUUCAUGUAAAACCUUUAACGACAGAUACUCGGCGAACGCGACUGCGUGUGCACUUAAUGCGCGACGAAUUUACAGAGUCGAGGUGCAACGGUCGCGCGUCAGAAAUCGAACGAAUCCCCCGACGUAUCCGAAUCGAAAUGCACAAUACUACAUAUAUAUCAAUAUAUAUAUAUAAUAUUAUACAUAUAUAUUAUACACAACACAUAAAAAGUAUUAUAUAGGACACCCGAGGAACCAAGUAUUGAGAGGUAAAACGUUGCAUGUAACCCACGUACGACCAGGUGAAAUUAGAAGUAGUUGAAGGAAACCACAGUUUUAUAUAGAUGAGAACCAACCACAUACACACGUUUACUUUUAUAGCCACACACACACGCGCGCGCGCGCAGACGGACCCACAUAUAUAUACACACACACACACACACAUACCUUGCGUUCGGUUUUUUGUAAAUUCUCCCUUAGCGUCUCGGAGAUCGUGUGUACUUCCUGCGGACUCGCGGUCGCGCGAACGUCCGGGCAUCACUUUUGUAAUCGUAUAGGCGACAGCGACGCGGUGAUUUAUAAGCGACUUUGUUAAACAGAUGAAGAAUCGUAUUUCCAGAGUAUUUUAUCAUAUCGGGAGAAAAAAAGAAGAGAGAAAAAUUAUUCUCCGACACGAGGUAGUGGUGUAUCGAGAUAAGUUUAGCGUUUCCCCGUUUGUGGGUAGGGAACCACGACCAUUGUGUGCGAGAAAGUGUGACGUCGACGAGACUGUAGUAGUACGUAGUAGCGCACUUUUACGGUACGGACGACGACGAGAAAUCGAUUGUUUAUAGAUAGUUGCGUAGAUAGGUAGUCUCCAAUGUGAUAUAUACAUCCCGAUGGGUAACUUUGUCUAAAGAUUUACAACUUUAGGUCGGGGCGAGUUUGAUCUUUUUGCCAGGGCUGACGGAACGUUCGGCACCGCUACUCAUUUCGAUACAAACGUGGAGGACAGAAUAGGGAUAUCGUGUUCGCGACAGAUCAGUUAUUCCCGGUGAAGAAUUAGAUUUCGACCUGUGCUGUUUCUUUCUCUCGUAGCAAUUUGACUUGAAAAAUCGGUGAUUCUGAAUCUCUCUCCCCUCCCUCCCUCUCCCCCUUCCCUCCGUGAACACGGUAGACGAAUCGGAGUGGAUCGGAAGGGACUCUCGCGAAGAGCUGCACACUCGUUUUAUUCGGGAAUUGAUUUCAAACGUUUUCUGACUUUAGUCAUGAUUCCUGAGCGAUUUCUGCCAUAUUCUCGGUCGUUCCUUGCGAGAAUCAAAAUUAAUAGCUAAGGAUAGAGCGCAAGAGUGGGCCUCUUAUUUGCCCGUCUCUCGCGGAGAGCAUUGGAAACGUCACAUAUCAGUUCCUUCGUCUACUUGUUCUUUCGAUUAGCGCGCGGUUUCUAUACGAAGCAAGUUAUAUAUCGACAAAUAUACGCUGGAUUAACGUCGCGAGAAACGGAAAGAAGAAGCGGUCGACACCGAAAAAUCGCGCCGUCGACAUAUCGCGGAGUCUCACGGAAGUGAUAUUUUUGAAUACCCCUCUUUACAAGGAAUUAGUUGUCGGAAUUUAGUUAGUAGAACACCACCAUCACAUCCCAGCACCAAUUACGGACAAUCCAUAUUCGUCGAGUCGACCAUGAGUAGAGCACACCCCCUUCCCCCUUAGCGGACUUGUAAGAUUUUUUAGAGAAUUCGUUGUAAGAGGUUGAAGGUGGCGCAUCAUCAACGGGACCAUCUCGAUGGAAAUGAGCGGAUCAUCCGUUAUUGCUUUCGUUCACACCUAAAUAAUGAUCUCGUACGUCUUCCAGUCAUCUCCACGCGCAAUUGUGUCUAUAUUGUAUUCCUGGGAUUACAUGUCUUCACAAAAGAGUUGUACUCCUAAUAAAGAAGGAUCUCACGA